AUGAGUAGCAACAACUCAUCAGAUGAUGCCUUUGAAGACCAUCGUCAAUCCGACGAAGAACUACAACAAGCUUGGUAUGACGAUGAUGAAAUUGAUUUCUACAACAAAGAAGACGACAUCAAGGAAGAAGAACAGACAGUUGACCCCAAGGUUCAGUCCCAGCAAAGUCCAACUUCACCUCCGACAAAAUCUAAACCUAAGAAAGUGGGUGUCAAGGGCAAAAAGACUUUUGGAUUGCCACUCGACCGUGCCUCUUUCGAAACCUUCAUCGAUGAUGACACCACUGUCGACGACCAAGGAUAUCCUAUUCUUCCUAACAGAAAUACCGUAUAUGUCCGGCAGCCAGGCCAACCAAAGCUCACUAACUGGGGCACGUUCGCAUUUACAUAUACGACUUCCGGUGGGGGAACAAAGAACAAUACCGCCACCUGGCGAACCGUCAGAUUCAAGUGCUUAGGCGUCAUUGUAUGUAGCAACCCUGAUUGCGACUACCUCGGCUUGCCUCCCACAGCAAAAGACAAGAGACUGGAAUAUCAGUCAGAAACUAAGAAGUGUGAAGCUGCUCGAUGUGAUGGUGAUCUUCGUCAUAUUCAAUGCGCAAACACUCUAUGUCGCAUGGACGAGCACCGCAGUGGCUGGGGUAUCAUACGUCACUCCGGCGUUCAUCUUCAUCGAUGGCCACGACGAGGAAAGCCCGAUAAACUUUCACUAGCCAAAUUUGGCCAAAAGUGUGUGGAAAACCCGGAUUUGGGGCCGUUGCAACACAAGGUGGGACGUGCUCCUGCAGGCCAAAAGGAUAUUGUCACAGCCGCCAACAUUCAUCCCGCCCUUUCCCACCUUCAUCGCAUUGGGUAUUAUCGGCGAAAGCUUCUUUCGGACGCUGGGGUCAUACCAGAAAAGUCUGCACCAGGAGCAGGUGACAGCUUUCUUUUGGAUAUUAUCCAUUGGGCCGAGCAAGGCUUGAGGAUGAUUUCCUGCUCCUUCCUGCUGAAGGACAUCCAUAUGACGUUUCAAACCCAAUGGAUGGCAAAUCAGUUAUUAUCUCGCGACGAACACGGCGAGAUUUAUUCUGGUGGCCUACUGUCGGAUGUGACAUACAAGUUUUUCGCCAACGGCUAUCUACUCUCAACCUCAAUGUAUCAUGACGACCUUCGACGAUGGAUUCCCAUUCAACCAACUUGGUUGAAUGGGCUUUCAGAAGAACACUACGCCUCCCAUUUUACCACUCUGAUGAAACAGAUGCGGGAAGCACAGCUCACCGAUGAGGAGCGUGAUACGCUGGUGCGUCAGGUUGUAGACUUUUCGGUGGCGCAGAAAAACGGUUUUAUCAUGGCAUACAUGGACGUUUUUCAAGAGAAUGACCGCUCAGUUGCGUUGGAUAAGAUCAAAGGCUGCCAUGAGCAUUUUCAAGCUCAAGUCACCCGGGUAAAGAGAAAUCGUGCAAUCAUACCAGCUGGCAAUGAGGAAACUUUUGAGCAAGAUGCGUCAGAUCUUCUGAAGGAAACAAAGCCUGGAGGCUUGACUUUCGAUCAAAAAAUUGCGAAAUUACGCAAAGCUUUUCCUAAAGCAAAAAAAUGGCUUGAAUGGUGGCAGGCUGCCGAUAUCAAGGCCAUGCUUUUCAAAGGCACGAAGUAUUUACCAGCCACAACUAAUGCACAGGAGGCAAUGCAUCGUGUGUAUUACAUGAUAUCGUAA